UUCCCAUAAUUUCCAUUCCCCUUUCUAAAUUUUCCAUUUCCAUUUCCAAUUCCAUCUCUCUCUCUCUCUCUCUCUCUCUCUCUCUUCUCUACUUUUCUCUGUCUUCGUCUCUCUCAGCCUCUGCAUAUAAAAAAUCCCGCAGAACCAAACCCUCAAGCAAACCAAACCCCAACCCACCUUCUUCUCCUCUGUCUCAUCAUUCAUCAGCCCCCGAUUUGCUGCAGCUCGUGGAGAGGAGCUACUUCUAGGGUUUCUCGUGCCCAUGGAUUCCGAGGACGAUAUGCACGAUGCAAACGAUGCGGAGUCCCUCGACGACGACUUCUACAGUGGCGAGACCGCCAUGGACAGCGAUGAUGCCGAUGCCGGUUACGAGUUCUUCGAGAACGAUACUGAUGAUUCCGACGACACAAUCUUACAUCGUCAGCAGCAAAAUUAUACCAUCUUAAAGGAACUGGACAUACAUAAACGUCAGGAGGAUGAUAUUACUAGAGUUUCCACUGUUCUUUCGAUAUCAAGAGAUUCUGCUGGAAUUUUGCUCCGUCAUUAUAAUUGGAGCGUAAGUAAAGUGCAUGAUGAAUGGUUUGCUGAUGAAGAUAGAGUACGAAAGGCCAUAGGCUUGUUGGAAAAAUCUGUUGAUAUAUUUCCAAACACUAGAGAACUUACUUGUGGGAUCUGUUUUGAGACCUAUCCUCAUGAUAAAAUUGAUGCUGCUGCUUGUGGUCAUCCCUUUUGUAGCACAUGUUGGAGAGGUUACAUUAGCACAUCUAUCAAUGAUGGUCCUGGGUGUUUGAUGCUGAGAUGUCCAGACCCAUCUUGUGGUGCUGCUGUUGGCCAAGACAUGAUCGAUAAGUUGGUGACAUACGAGGAUAAGGAGAAAUACUCUCGUUACCUUCUUAGAUCUUAUAUUGAAGACAAUAGAAAGACCAAAUGGUGUCCUGCUCCUGGAUGUGAUUAUGCUGUUGAUUUUGUUGCUGGUAGUGCAAGCUUCGAUGUUACUUGCCUCUGCACUUACAGUUUUUGCUGGAAUUGUACUGAGGAAGCUCACCGUCCAGUGGACUGUGGUACUGUGGCUAAGUGGAUUUUGAAGAAUAGCGCUGAGUCUGAAAACAUGAAUUGGAUCUUAGCAAAUUCGAAGCCUUGUCCCAAAUGCAAGCGACCAAUUGAGAAAAACCAAGGCUGCAUGCAUAUCACAUGCACCCCUCCUUGUAAAUUUGAAUUUUGCUGGUUGUGUCUUGGUGCAUGGUCGGAUCAUGGCGAGAGGACAGGUGGUUUCUAUGCAUGUAAUCGUUAUGAGGCAGCAAAGCAAGAGGGAGCGUAUGAUGAGGCUGAGAGAAGACGAGAGAUGGCAAAGAACUCCUUAGAGAGAUACACUCAUUACUAUGAACGGUGGGCUACAAACCAAUCGUCAAGACAAAAAGCUCUUGCAGAUUUACAUCAAAUGCAAACUGUUCAUCUUGAGAAGCUGAGUGACAAGCAGUGCCAACCUGAAUCACAGCUCAAGUUCAUAAUAGAGGCCUGGCUACAGAUAGUUGAAUGUAGGCGUGUUUUGAAAUGGACUUACGCAUAUGGCUACUACUUACCUGAGCAUGAGCAUGCUAAGAGGCAGUUUUUUGAGUACUUGCAAGGUGAGGCUGAAUCUGGUUUGGAGAGGCUUCAUCAGUGUGCUGAGAAGGAACUGCAUACUUAUCUAAAUGCUGAGAGCCCUUCAAAAGAUUUUAAUGACUUCCGCACAAAGCUGGCUGGGUUGACCAGUGUCACGCGCAAUUACUUUGAGAACCUGGUUAGAGCUCUGGAGAAUGGUUUAUCGGAUGUGGAUGUCCAAGGGGCUUGCAGUCGGACAACGACCUCAAAAGGUGGAGGUGGAAAAGGAAGAGGAGGAAGGGGAAAAGGAUCAACUUCCCGAUCUGUGGGGUCCAGCAAAAAUGUGGAUGAUUCUGGCCAUUGGAGCUGUGACCAGUGCACCCAUGCCAAUGUCAAAUCUUCCACCUCUUGCCAGAUGUGCCACCACCGCAGGUGAAAAAAGGUCCUUGCCACAUGUGCCACCGCUGCAGGUGAAGAAAACCUGAUCCUCUGUCCCGGUGGAUACGCACUGAACAGGACGAAUGCCAAGCAAGUUAGAAAAGAAAAAAUGGGGAUAGUGCAGGAGCAUCUGGGCUUGUAUCUUUUCCUGUUCAAUCCCAUCUGCCUGUGUGUCAAUGUGCUUCAAAGGAAAAAAGGUAAAAAAUGAAAAGAGAAUUUCUGGGUGUGUAGAGUGUGUGGGCAUGUGCAGAGAAGCUUGACAAUGUGAAUUCAAUGUAAAUAGCUGCUAUCUAUUUGUUUCAUCAAUUUACAGAUGAGAAUUCCUGAAAUUGCACUGUUCUAAAAUAUUACACAAAAUAGCAAGAAGCAAAUGCAAAUGUACUCGUUUGUGAUUA